AAAGAUGAAUUCUACUUUUCCACUUUUUCUCUCUCUUUCUCAAGAAUCAAUCAUGGGUGAUCUGGGUGUUCAAAAAAUGUUUGAAUAUUACCUUUAUGAUUAUUUGCUAAAAAAUAAGAUGGGCGAGACGGCAGAAAUCUUCGGGAGAGAAGCCAAUCUGAACUUCGAUCUUACCCGGCCUCCACUUGUAGAUACUCCUGAUGGUUUUCUCCAUGAGUGGUGGGUGAUAUUUUAUGAUAUGUUCCGUUCACGGAUGGCGGCGAAUGAAGAGCGUGACGAUGGCUCCUCCUUGUCAAGACAGCAUGAGAUGAAUGGAAAGCUUCAGAACCCGGCUAUUAGUGCUGAUCCAGGUUGUACACUACAGCCAUUAGGAGCAGGGGGAGUGACAAGCGUAGUUCAAUCUACGGAUAUCAGUGGGCUCAGAGAUGUUCCUUAAGGACUGAUAGUGAGGACCAUUGUCAGACUGAAUGAGACAUGCCGUGAACUCAGAAAUGCAGCGGCAAUUAUGGGUAGUCCUACGCUUCAUAAGAAAAUGGAAGCUGCUUCCAAUGCCAUAAAACGUGACUGCAGUUUAAUCAUUCAUGACUCAGAGGUUUUUGGAAUUGGGGGUUUAGAAUAGGGCAAUUUGAGGAGAUGAUGGGCUAGUUAAGUUUUAUUUGUUUAA